AUGCAUUACCAGGAAUCUAUCCAGUUUUAUCAGUACAAACGAAAGAAAUAUAUUCUUCAAUUCAAAAUUGAAACAUCCAGCUAUGACAGAUUUAAGCAUACAUUUAAGACAGACAAGUACAUAAACAUAAUCCAGUGGGAGUAUAUACUGGCAAAAGUCAAUAAGGUAAUCGUUGGAGUCAUUAAAGAUGGAGAUGAUUGGUUGAAUAAGAAGAAUCGAUUUACAACUGAUGACUUAAUAAUAAGCUAUGAGCUUGUGGAUAAAGAUGAAGGCCUUAUAAAUUAUGAGAGUAUAAACUAUGAAUUUGACUGGAUUGUAAAAGUGACGAUCAAUAAAGCAUCAACUAUUCAAGAUAGUUUCAACAUUCAAGAAUCUCAAAAAAGCUCAUCCAGUCCCAAAAAGAGAUUCUCAUCGUCAUCAAAAGAAUCAAGUGCUCCAAAUGAUGAACACGAUGAAAACGUCAUUACUGGUGAUACUGAUGAUGAUGAUUUAUAUAUUCAUGAAAAUAAGAAGGCAAAAAUUGAAGAUGACGAUGAUUUAAAACUUUCAGUUCUUCAGCAAUCUAAUCGAUACAAUUUAAAGACUAGAAAGGACAAAGGUGAAUCAGGCAAACAGUCGAGCAUUACAAGUUGGAUAACAAACAGAAAGGAAAAAGCUAAACCACAGAAAUCAAAGGAUUCAGCGCCAUCAACGUCCAAAGAUGCAUUAGCUCAAAUAAACAAGGAAAAACUUCAACAAAUGAACGACUUUGUAGUACGAUCAGAACAAGAGGAACAGAAAAAACUUGAACGAAAGAAUGAACUUAAAGACUAUGCCAUAUUAAAUUGCUUUGACAUGCAGGAUUCUCAAAUUAUUCAGGUCAUUGCGAACCUAGCCUAUGAGAUUCAUGUCAUGUUCGAAAGCGAUUCAACAGUACUUUCAACAGGAAAAGAUGCAAAAAUAAAUCCAUGUGACAUAACAGCCUCGAAUAUUUUAUCAGAGAAGCAGACAAUGCUCGUCCUUAGAACUAUAGAAAAAUUACAUAAAAUAGAUGGCGAGGAACUGAAUGAUAAUGUUUUGCACGAUGCAGCACUUCCGCGCGUUAUCAUCGAAUUAUUUAAAAUGCAUCAUGGAUUGAAAUUAGAAGAAGCUAUAGAAAGAAUCAAGACACAAGAAGAAAAAAAAAUCUUGUUUAAGGAAGAGUUCAAUGAGUCGUACUAA